AUGUCUAAGAAAGACGCCAAGCUGCGUCUCAUAAGGUGGAUUCUCUUGCUACAAGAGUUUGAUAUUGAAGUGAGAGAUAAAAAAGGAGCAGAAUAUGGAGUCGCCGACCACCUUUCGCGAAUGAGAGUGGAGGAACCUACACCUCUAGAUGAUAGUUUACCCAAAGAAAAUGUCUACGUCAUUGAAGCUGUCCCCAUGGGUUUUUGGUGGACAACCAUGUUUCAAGACGCCCAAAGUUUCAUUAAAAGAUGUGACGCUUGCCAGAGAAUGGGCAAUAUUAGUAAGAGGAAUGAGAUGCCCCAAAAUUUCAUACUUGAAGUCAAAGUCUUUGAUGUAUGGGGGAUUGAUUUCAUGGGACCUUUCCCUACCUCUAACGGCUACGAAUACAUUCUUGUUGCUGUUGAUUAUCUUUCUAAAUUGGUGGAAGCUAUAGCAAGUGCCACAAAUGACUCGAGCGUGGUGGUCAAGAUGUUCAAAACCAUUAUAUUUCCGAGAUUCGGAGUACCAAGAGUGGUGAUAAGUGACAGAGGUAAGCAUUUCAUAAAUCGAAACCUUGCUAACCUUUUCAGGAAGAAUGGAGUUCUCCACAAAGUCGCAUGUCCUCAUCAUCCACAAAUGAGCGGCCAAGUAGAAAUUUCAAACAGAGAAAUCAAGUCUAUCUUACAAAAGACUACGUCAAAAUCAAGGAAAGAUUGGUCCACCAAACUGGAUGAUGCUCUAUGGGCCUACAUAACCGCUUUCAAGACCCCGUUAUGUACCACACCUUUUCAUAUUGUCUAUGGAAAAGCUUGCCACCUACCUGUUGAACUGGAGUACAAGGCAACAUGGGCAGUAAAGGAGUUAAACUAUGACAUAAAAAGCGCAGCCAAGAGACAAUUGAUUCAAUUAAACGAGUUGGACGAGAUCCGCCACAACUCCUAUGAAAAUGCAAUGAUUUACAAGGAGAGGACUAAAGCAUACCACGACAAGAAGAUCAUACCCAAAUCAUUCGCCCCAAAUGAUCAGGUUUUACUUUUCAAUUCUCGACUUAAACUUUUUCCAGGAAAGUUACGUUCUCGGUGGUCUGGACCGUUUAAAAUAAAGGAAGACAAACCAUAUGGAGUCGUCAUUCUUCUCAACGAUAGAGGAGAGCCGUUUACCAUAAAUGGACAGCGUCUAAAGCCCUAUCUAGCCGAAAUUGGCAAGGAAGAAAGUGCAUCAAUCAGUCUAAUCGAUGCUCCUCAGGCCUAA